AUGCACAAAUCUCUCCUAGCUUGUUUCCUCGGCGCCGCCCAGCUAACGGCCUCGGCCUCAACCUCAGGCUCGGGCGACGCUGGCGUUGUCGCUGGCGUGUCGCGCCCGCAUGGCGAUCACAGCGUUCACGAAAGUAUACUAUCAGCAAUCGAGACUCAUGCAGAUCCAGUGGCCGCACUAGUCUCGCUCCAGAGUGAAGAUGAAGCUCGAGCAAAGACCGAAGCAGCGUUGGCUGAGCCGCGUCUUUUGCGCAGACUGGGGGCUCCUAAUGCCAAGGCGGAGUGGAUGACUGAGGGUGAUAAGAUGAGGUUGCGGAGGGAGGGGGUUAAAUUCAUGGAUAUCACUGAUCAUGAAGAUUUUUAUAAGGAGCAGGUUGAUGCUUUGGCUGGGAAGCCUCGUCUACCUGAUCUGGUUCAUGAACGCCUUAUCAGACCUCUUUUCCCCUUCGUUGAUACUGGGAGAAUGUUUGGCGUACUUGAACACAUGACUGGAUAUUAUAAUCGCUAUUUUGACGAUAUUCACGGCGAAUUGAGCUCUGAGUGGCUUUAUAACCAUAUCUCCCAGAUAAUCGCAAAAUCACCCCUACACACCCACAUCUCCCUCGAAUAUUUCACCCACCCAUUCCGCCAAUCCUCAAUAAUCGCCCGCUUCGAGCCCAAAGUCCGCAACUUCAAGCAACCAUUGACAAUCCUAGGCGCACACCAGGAUUCAGCUAACUAUCUCUUCCCCCUCCUCCCCGCCCCAGGUGCAGACGAUGACUGCUCCGGGACUGUCAGUAUCCUUGAAGCAUUCCGUGUCCUCGCCGAGGCGGGAUUCGUGCCCCAGGAUGGACCGGUUGAGUUUCACUGGUAUGCUGCUGAGGAGGGUGGGUUGUUGGGUAGUCAGGCUAUUGCGAGGUACAAGAAAGAGCAGGGGGCGCGGAUUGGGGCUAUGAUGGAAUUUGAUAUGACCGCAUUCAUUGCUACGAAUGCAACCGAGUCUAUUGGGUUUAUUGCUACAGAGGCUGAUGAGGUCCUCACUAACUGGGCUGUCAAUUUGAGUCAGAAGUAUAUCUCUAUUCCUACUGAGGUUUAUGAUCUUCCUGGUAAUGCUGGCUCGGACUAUAUGUCCUACACACAACUCAAUUACCCAGCUUCUUUUGCGUCGGAAGGAAAUCCUGUUGCUGGCGGUGGUUUCCCUGGUGAAUAUGAUCCUUAUGUGCAUGGUAUUAAUGACACGAUGUGGGUCAAUGAUAAGACGGGAUAUUUUUCAGUUGAUCAUAUGGCACGAUUCAGUGAAUUGGCUAUUGCUUUUGCAGUUGAGCAGGCUGGUUGGAAUAAUAAGUGGAGGUAA